UGAACGGAUUGAUUGCUUGAUCUGCCUGGGUCCAGUCUGUUUCUGUCUCUGGGAGAGGAUAUCCGGCUGGUCAUGAUCAAAGCCAGAUGCAUGCAUCGAAUGUCAUGCUAAUCUUUUCUAUUCUCUCCAACUCCUUUUCAUUUUCCCAUGAUCUUUUUCAGGAUUUACACGCAAUUGAAGCUCCACACCCCUAUGACUGUAAAAGAAGGAUCAUUGUCGCCCCCGAUUACUGCUGUCCCAUCUAACUUGUUCCGUCUCCUUGUUGCCCGCCGCCUCUUCAUCAUAUCCAUAUCUUUUUUCAUACCAGGUUCAUCUGAAUGAGAAAUCUUUACUGAGACCGACACGGUGGGCGUCUUAUCAGAACAGGACCCUCUUUUUCAACUUUUACAUAUCACAUCAAAUCGCAAUCCUGACUCCACCAAACACCGCGCCGCUUGAUCUGCUCUGCUUCGCGCUAUCGUCUUGUCGCCUCCCAUUGCAUGGAACUUCCAUACCCAACCCUUGUUUAACCCGACCCUCGUGGGUUUGGACCUUUUCUGAUCUCACAGCCCCACUCAACUUUUCUAGAGGCUGUACCGUAUCCACACAUCCCGCCGACUCGUGCGUGGCUUGCGCUGUUGUAGCUCGUCACCUUGCGCAUUCGCUCGACUUAACUUAGCCGUGAUCCUAAAUAAAAGCGUUCCGUCUCCUCCAAUUUAUUCUUCUUUUCCUUCUAGUUCCCCUUCUUGGCAUAUCACCAGCCAAUUCCCAUUUUGACCCCCUCCCAUGCUGCUUUGCAGCAAAUCACAACCACUUAUACGACACAAUACGUUAUCAUGCCGUCCUUUAAGCCCUUCGCUUCAGUGACGGGGCGUAACUCAUAUAGCCUUUUCGAUAUUCGCCUAGACAGCGAUUUUAUUGUCUUUCGUGGAAGUGACCACGAAUCAUCUGGUCAAGUUCUCAAAGGCACAUUAGUAUUGUGUCUACAAACAUCCCUGAAAAUCGAAGAUGUUAGACUGCGACUUGUAGGAACUCUGCGCCAUACCUGGGCUGAUCCCAGAGGAAGCGCUCCCGGUGUUUCGGGCCAAAAGGUCGACAAGACGCAAACGAUACUCGAGCACCGAUGGGCGCCUUUUGUCGGCACGCACGGCAAGAGUAUGACGCUCCCCGCCGGGAACUACGAAUGGCCGUUCGAAUACAUGCUUCCCGGCAACAUGGCUGAGAGUGUUGAGGGCAUUCCCGAAGCAUCCAUCACAUACAGACUCAGGGCAACCGUCGGACGCGGAAAACUUGCAUACGAUCUGCACGCCAACAAGCACCUUCGAAUCAUCCGAACAUUAGAGCCAGGCGCCUUGGAAUUCCUCCAUGCCAUGAGUGUUGAGAACAUCUGGCCCAACAAGGUUGACUACUCAAUCAUCAUCCCCCAAAAGGCCGUAGUGUUUGGCGGCUUGGUCACAAUGGAGAUGCGAUUCACACCCCUACUCAAAGGACUCGAGCUGGGCGAUAUCACGGCACGGUUGAUGGAAGUUCGCGAGUGCUAUGUCCAAGGAUCUGGCUCAGGUUACGGCACUAAGGAGCACCGAACAGAGCGUGAGGUCUCGAUGUGGAAGUUUGAGGUUUCGAGAGAAGAGCACUGGCAAGAUAUGAUUGAGGAUACUGGUCAAGAAGGCUGGGCGGUCACCAAAAAGCUGAACUUGCCCAAGAGACUUCGCCAGUGCGUUCAAGAUCUGAACCACCACGGCAUCAAGGUCCGUCACAAAAUUAAGCUGACCGUUGCUCUUUGCAAUCCCGACGGUCAUAUUUCUGAGCUUCGAGCAACACUUCCUGUGUCAAUUUUUAUCUCACCCAACAUGCCUCUAGAUGAGGAGGGUAACCUCGUCGAUCAGUCACCAACCACACCUAACAACGAGCGAGAACUUUCGACGAUUGCUCCCCCCGGAUAUGGAGAGCAUGUUCUUGACCAGUUGUAUGAGGACGUUGACGUUAGUGGCUUCCAGACGCCCGGCUUUCAGUCAGGCGUUAGCAGUCCCUUCUACGCACAGUCACGAGCAGGCUCGAAUGAAAAUCUUGCAGCGCUUGCCCAUAGCCGACCUGUCGCACCUGCGGCACUUUCAUCUCGAUUGGCCGAUGUGUCGCUGGACCCUUCUCGAAGAACGACCUCUUCCACGUCUCUGGGCUCGCUAGGCACGCCUGGCUUCAUGUCCCCCACGUCGGCACCCCAAGGCCCAGCUCCGCGAUCGGAACCUGCAACCGCAGCACUUACCAGAAGCAACAGUUCCGAAGACUCAUCACGCAACUCUGCUGAACACGUUGAUCUCGAUGUCUCUGAUUUGACUGAACUCAACAAGGUCCCUAGCUACCAGACAGCUGUCAAAACCCCAGCUCGCUCACGUGCUGGUACUGGGGACCUGCUUCUGCCAGAUUAUCAGACGGCGCUUAGCGCUCCCAGGACACCGCCUGCUACGGAUUACCCAGCAGAUCCUCUGGGCACAAUCUCAGAGGAUCAGGACGGUGAGGAUCAUACUCAGCAUAUAUCGCGCCCUUCCAGCUGGAUUGGUAAUGGCCGCGCUUACACGGAUGAUGCUCCAACCUACCGAAGGAUGCAUCCCUCGCAGAACCGAAAUCAAGUUGUCUAGAUAGGCAGCUUGACUUACCUUUUGUUUCUUUGUAUUCACAUGACCAUCACUUGAUUGGAUAUGUUUCAUAAGCCUCACAGGGCUUGCCGGCGUUUAUGCGUUAUCAAUUACGGGAGGCCUCGAAUCAUGGGAAUUAUAGACAAGGCGUACUUUUGGUGACGAGCUCUUUGGCUCGGAUGAUAUCUACACAAUAUUGGGCCCAGAACAAUGCAUAAAGAAAACGAUGGAUGAAGGAUGACGCUUGUAUAAUUAAUACCCUUAAAGGAUAAGAUAGCAAAGAAGAAUGAUGAACAAUAUGCUCAAGGCAUAUUAAGACUGGCUAACCACCAGUAAAAUUCCUUGUCUUGAAAGUUGACAUGGAAUUCCAGAAACUGAUAUCUUGAGAUGGUGAAUGGUUACUAUUUGUCGACAAUGACAUAGGGGGCGUUUGCGACUUGGUGGCGAGUGAACGAAAUUCUUCGGCACUCGGUGACAUCCGAGCAAAAGCUUGUUGGACUGUUUAGUGCGUAUUAACUCGAUCUACCGGCGAUGGUGGUGGUGUGUUGGCGCAACUGCAUCGAGAGGGAUGGAAGAACUCAUUUGAGUUUGGUGAAGAAGAGGGGGUUUUGGUGAUGGAAACUUGCUGUGGACAAUUUGUGUCUAUUGGAGAUUCUAUUUCACACUUUAUAGUGUUAUUUCCAGAAAAGAUAUAUAGUAACUGUAUCAUGAUCAAGGUAUUGAUAUUUCGAGAGAGGGAGCCAAGGCCAAGCUUUGAGAUGGACACAAUUCGUUGCAUCUAUACCGAGCUUGUCCUAGUCAUGGUGUCGGUGCGACACAAGUUCAAGGGACCACGUCCAGAGUUUGCGGUACUUGAAGGGC